AAACCAAAACCAACCAGCCGUCGGGCCGGCAGCCCACCGGACCUGACGGCCGUCAGCUGUCGAGCUGAGGACAGUGCAGCAUUUAGCGUCGAACCGAGCCAAGCCGGCGCCGUCUUUUGCGACAUAACGCGCGUCAGCGCAGCAGUAUCAUGCAGUCCGCGUUAGCGGAAGUAAUCUCGUUCUGAGCCGACUCGAAACGAAAUUGCUAGCAAGCGCGUCAGCGCAGCAUUACCCGCCAGUCCGCGUUAGCGGAAGGUCUAGGAACUGCCCUCUCACCCACGCACCACGCGAAUCGCGAGGCUCUGGAAGACUCGUGCAAUCUCCUACUAAUUCACGCCGGCACUUUUAUUUUUGAGGCGCCUAGAAAAUAGACUCCUUUUUUUCCCCGGCACAUCUAGUAGGCGUUUUCGCGAACGAUGUUAAAAUUCAUCAGUAAGGGCUUUUCCGGCCCUAGCAGACAAAAGAAAGGCGGCUCGCAAGCCACGGAUAGUCCUUCCGGCUCGAGUCUCGUAGCGUUCUCUUAUAAGGAGCUCUUAGCCGCUACUAAUAAGUUCCACUCGAGCCGCGUGUUGGGGGAGGGAAGCUUCGGGAAGGUUUACCGGGGGAAGGUGUCUGGAGUAAGAGCGGAAGUUUGGCAGGAGGAUAGUAACGAGGGGGCCAGUAAAGGGGAUGGCAGUGAAGCGAAUGCUAGUAACGGGGAUGCUGAUAAAGGGGAUGCUGGUAAAGCGAAGGCCAGUAAACCGGAUAAACGAGAGGUGGCGAUUAAAGUGCUUCACGAGGACAGCAUUCAAGGAGUGACGGAGUGGAUGGCCGAGAUCCUGCUGCUGGGGAGGCUGAGACACCCGAACCUGGUGAACCUUAUCGGGUACUGCUCCCAAAAGAACCAGGCCAUGCUGGUGUAUGCGCUCAUGCCGCACGGAGGGCUGGACACGUGGCUGCUGCAAGACUCAACUCGGCCUGUGCUGACGUGGCAGCAAAGAAUCCUGAUUGCACUUGGGGCAGCCAGGGGCUUGGCGUACCUGCAUGGGGCGAACAUCAUUCACCGGGACCUCAAGUCGUGCAACAUACUGCUGGACGAGACUUUGGAACGGCACGAGCUGAACACGCUUCUGCAUCCUCACAUGUGUGCCAGGCUGACUGACUUUGGAAUGGCAAGGGCGGGGCCAGAGGAGGGGAAUACGCACGUAUCAACGCAAAUAAAGGGGACAUUGGGUUAUCUAGACCCCGAAUACAUGGACACUGGUCACUUGGCCCCCAGCAGUGACAUGUACUCUCUAGGAGUCAUCUUGCUUGAGCUCCUAACAGGCCGCCCUCCAGUUGAGCCCGAUUCGUCCACUUUCCUAGUCUACCAAAUCCGACCCUACUUCGACAAACGUGAGCCGAGAAUAGACGAGUUCAUAGAUCCGAGGUUGGAAGGCAGGUUUGGGAGAAAGUCGGCGGUAGGGUUGGCGGUUUUGGCAAGGCACUGCUUGAAUGAUAUGCGGAGCAAGAGACCUGAAGCGGAUGUGCUUGUAGAGAGGUUGAAGGAUUUGGAGAAUGUUGUAAUGAAUGAGUGUGUAGGGGGCGGAACUGGUUGAAGGAUAAGAUUUAAGAUUUGUCUAAGACAUACAUUCUGGUUUGUGUUGCUUCAAUAGUUGCAUCAUGAUGUAUGCUAGCUAAGUGUAUAAUAUUGUAUUUCUGACUACCAGUAAAUAAUAAGUUGGUGC